AUGACGACAGACGUACCCAAAGUCGUCCCCCUGACUUGUCAUGGACAUUCUCGUCCAGUCCCACAUAUCAGUUUCUCAUCGAUAGUGGAAGAGGAUCAAUACUAUUUGAUCUCUGCAUGCAAAGAUAACAAUCCGAUGCUUCGCGAUGGUGUUACCGGUGAUUGGAUUGGGACUUUCCUCGGCCACAAAGGCGCCGUCUGGCAGGCAAGAUUGUCUGCAGAUGCAAACAUAGCCGCUACAGCAGCAGCAGAUUUCUCCGCGAAGGUCUGGAACACACAUACAGGCGAAUGCCUACACACAUUACAGCACAACCACAUAGUGCGCGCAGUCGCCUUCCCAAUCCAGACAAACCCCCAAGUUCUCGCAACGGGAGGCAUGGAGAAGAAACUCCGCAUAUUCGAUCUUACGCGCAGUGGUGACUCCGCCAGCCAUGACGGCAGCUCACCAACCAUAAACAAUAACGACUCAAACUCAACCGGAGCAGUAACAAGCUACGAAAUCGGGCCCGGCGUGCACGGCGGCACCAUCAAAUCCAUCGUCUGGAACAUAGACUACAACAUCCUCACGACGGCCGCCGAAGACCGCAAAAUCCGCUGGUGGGAUCUGAGGUCUCGCCACCCCGUCGUCGAGUAUAGCGUCGAGGGUACAAUCGGCAGUUGCGAACUCAACGUACUCGCUACACGGCCCAAUGAAUCCGGGAUUCUGAGCGUUGCGGCCGGGAAGAGUGUUUAUUUGUUUGAUGGUGCGAUGCCAGGCAGAUUAUUGAAAAAAGUCGAUUUUAGGUAUGAGGUUGCCAGCGUAGCGGUUAAUAAUGAGACGGGCAGGUUCGUGACGGGUGGUGCGGGAGAGGAUACUUGGGCUAGGGUGUAUGAUUUGCAUACUGAUGAGGAACUUGAAGUGCAAAAAGGUCACCACGGCCCCAUCUGGUCGGUUAGUUACUCUCCAGAUGGAAAGUUGUACGGUACAGGCAGCGAGGAUGGAACUAUCAAGUUAUGGAAAGCAUGUCGUGAGCCAUAUGGAUUAUGGCGAUAG